AUGGUGGAAGAGGGUAGCUAUGGGGGGGGGGGGCAUGACAGCAUAACAGAAAGAGGUUUAGAAAUUUGUGAAAAAGUGGUGAUAUCAAUACUGUAAUCGGACCUUUAACUCUAGUCUUUACUGAUUUUCUGUGACUGCACAAUUAUUUAAUAUUGUCAAUACCAUUUAUAAGCAUGGGGCAUGGGAUAGUCACACUUUAUUAAUUAUGUGUUUCAGCUGGUGGCCUAACAAGUAAGGAUGUGAAAGAUCUUUGUUAUGAUGCAUUGAGAGAAAUUAUUCCAGCUGAUGGAAUGAAAGGAAUAUUAUUGAGGUCACGCAUAUGCAAAGUUAUAGCUCAGGUAAAAAUAUUUUAUAAUUAUAUCCACAGUAAUGUACUUCAACUCAGGGUCUAUCUAACAUACCAGCAAUAUAUUUUCAACUGUAUUUUUCAAACCAUUUUUGACCAUAGCCCCUACCAAGUGUCCUCAUUGAUGGUGGGUUUUAGGCGACUACCCACUUAGCACACCUCUGUCUGGUUUUGUUUUAUCAAUCCCUUCUUUUAGAUACAUUGACACCCAUUUUCUCUGCACUCUUAUAAGACUGAAGUAUUGGAAGUUAAGUACUGCAUGAAGCUUUUCCUCUUUUUAUUUCAGGAAAAUGAGAAACCAACAGCUAGCCCUAAAUCAACAACAAAAAGAAUGGAUGGAAAAAGAAAGUUUGACAUGAUAGAUGACAACAAUGAUGCUAACUUGUCAGAAGAUGAUAUUACCAUAAUCAAACAAACGUCGACAAAGUUUAUUCCUUCAACCUCAGCAGCAAUAUUGCAUGUAAAAUCACCAGUUUAUACCAUCUAUCGUGAUAGACGUGUUGACUUAGCUUCAAAAGAUGGAAGUUUACCAGAACACUUGGUUCAUGAUAUUGUGCGAGCAACUGUAAGCAACAUGGUAUCUGUGGCCCUUUCUGAACCAUGGAAUCGAUUGCCAACUUCUAUGGAAUUAAAGGAGAUGGCAAAAAGUCUGAUUGUAACCUAUCCAUUGUUACGUGAUCCAGUUAGUGGUCAUGUAAGUUUCUCCUGCAUAUUUUUUAUACCACCUUAAAUACCUCAGACAUAUAUAUUCAUCAAUCUCAAGGGCUUGUGAAUAUUUAAAUCUUUUUGCUAGGGUAUAACCCCAAUGUCAGGAGUAUAGAAGGAGUUGUAAGGAUUUUUGUUGCCCAUGGUAGGAAAAUAGGAUUUGAAUUUAGUAUUUACUGUAUAUUGUAAACUUGUUCAAAGGUUUUACUUUUAAAUAUACUACAAGAAUACAACCAAAAUUUUGAUCGCUACUCGUCUAUACAAAAAUUUCACUCAGCUUGAAAGAGACUUAAAAAUUAGUAAUAUUCUGAAGUUUCGUUGGAAAAUGUUGUAAAAUAUCUGAGUCGAACACACUGACACAAAAUCGUAAAAUUAUAAAGCAUUUAGUCUCUAGUACUUUACUUGAGUACAGCUUUAGAAUGAAAAUAACAUCUCAUAGACAGUGUAUAAAAGUGUGUAUUAUAAAUUAGUAAUAGAAACAUCACUCUUUUACCGUGCCAUUUUGUUUCCUGUACCAAUCUUGUACCAAAGGUGUUAUCUCCAGGGUUGACAAAUAAACGCACACACAACUCGAUAGCAUAGUGUCUAGCACUUAGCACAGAUACAAAAAUCAUGUUCACCUGAGUACACAACACUGACAUGAAAACAAAUCAUUUCUAAUGUUUGUUUGGAAUGUUUGUUGUAAAGUUCCAAAGGUUUUUUUUUUAAUUUAUUUACUUUUAUUCUAAACCAAUUAAAGCAUAGCUCUAACAUAUAUUAGGCUUACAGUCAAUUUCAGAUAAGUUUACACCAAAAUGUUGUGAAGUUCGUAAAUUUGUUGCAAAAUUCGGAAGUUCAUAUUGGAAUUCACAAGCCAAUUUGUAAACAAAGUGCUCAAUUGGUUCCUGAAAAAAAGAAGCCAAUUUUUGAUCAAAUGUGUAGUUUACAAGCUGGUUUGUGAUCUCAUUAUGAACUUUUGAACUUCACAACAAAGUUCAGAACAUUUGUGUGUAAAAGAUUUUUAGAACCAGGCCUUAAAAUAUCGGUCAGUCACGGACAUUGUCCGGCCCAUUCGUGAAAUUGUCCGACGUAGAAAGGAAACCAUCGGACAUUCUGUCCGACCAAAGUGAAACUGAGGUUUAUUGUUUGUCCGACCCGAGUGUAUUUGUGUGCGACCGAACUGUAACUUUGUCCGACGUAAAUCAAAAUGUACCUUAGCCCAGGACUAGAGGCUUGUAUGUUAAAUGGAAAAUCAGAGUACUAUUGUAUAAAUGGAAUUGUUGUUUUAACGUAGUCGAGCACUGGGCGGCGAGCGUAAUGGUGAAGUGGAAAUCGGACUUAAGUUGUCGAAGUCUUUUUUGAUACUGCUGUUCUGGAAAGCAAGUUAAUUUUGGCUUGGAAAUAAGUAUGAAAGAAACAAAUUAUUAUGUCCGACCCAAACUCAACGUCACCGGACAUUUUGUCAGACGGCCCUGGAAAAGAUAUUUUAAGACCUGUUAGAACCACUGAGUAUUUUUAUAAAAUACAAAACAACAGUAACUCCAAAAAUUGAUAACAUUUUUAUUUAUCUACGUUUCGACUAUAUUUUAGUCAUCAGGAUAAACUAACUAGAUUAUAUAUCAAAAGCAGUAUUUAUAUGAAGAGAUUAUAGUAAUAUGAUACAUUACGUUGAUUAAUGAAUUAUUAUAUUAGUUAAAUAUGAUUAGUUCUUUAGAAGCUUUAAUUCCAUUGUUCAGUUCAGGUUUAUGUCUUUGAAUAGCGAAUCGCUAUAAUAGAAAAUCGCUAUUCAAAGACAUAAACCUGAACUGAACAAUGGAAUUAAAGCUUCUAAAGAACUAAUCAUAUUUAACUAAUAUAAUAAUUCAUUAAUCAACGUAAUGUAUCAUAUUACUAUAAUCUCUUCAUAUAAGUACUGCUUUUGAUAUAUAAUCUAGUUAGUUUAUCCUGAUGAUGACUAAAAUAUAGUCGAAACAUAGAUAAAUAAAAAUGUUAUCAAUUUUUGGAGUUACCGUUGUUUUGUAUUUUGUGUGUAAAGUUAUCUGAAAUUGACUGUCAGAACGUAAGUAUUUUGAUAUAUUUUAUAGGAACGUUUGUUUAACCGUUUGAAAAAACGAAUGUAUAACAAAAAGCCAGUCGAGAAGAAACAUGGACCAAACAAGAAAAAAGGUUCUGGAAAUAAAAUGUCCAGCUGCAAUGAAAGUAUGGAUGAAGUUGAGACCGAAGAAAAUACUUCUUGUGAAAAUAUGGACACCAGUACCAGUGAAGAAAUUUCUGAAUCUGACACUGGUAAAAAUAACAGUUUUGUCCAGCCUUAUUACCAGCCUACACAGUGCAUGUCUCAAAAUAACGACUGAUAGAGCUCCAGUCAAUUUUAUUUUAGCUUGGUCAAACUGAAACUCUGUGUGAGAUACAAGGUUGCUAACAACAUUCCUGUUUCAAGUUUUAAACACUGAAAAGGUUAACAAUCACAUUCAGGGCUCGAAACUUGCGGUAUCCCGAUAUCCACAGGAUAUCAGAUUUUAAUUUUGGAUACUGGGUAUCAUAAGCUCAGUAUCCCAACUGGAUACUAGGAAAACUUAGAAAUUGCGAUAGUAGAUAAUCAUCUGGACGUUUGGCAUGUUUCCGAACUUCAAUGUCUACGGAUUUUGGCAGAAUAUUUUUUAAAAAAAAUUUCACAAACGGUGCUUUCUUUCAUAUCGCCGCAGUGUGUUAUUUUCAAUUUUUUCGAAUUUCAAUACAUAUUUUUAUUAUUGAAACUAAAGGCCUGGUUUUUGCUCAGCAACUGAAGGCCUGGUUGCAAGGUAAAAUUUUGCCUUGCUUAGAUACUGGAAAUAGAAUAUCUAGUAUCCAAAUCUGGGAUACUAUAUUUCAAGGAUGGAUACUAGAUUCUAUGAUGCUGGUAUCCACUUGGAUACUGACAAAAAUUUCAAGUUUCGAGCCCUGACAUUGUAAAUAUAGGCACCAUUAUAAUUAGUAGGGAAUUUUGUAAUUUGACCAACACAAACAAAAAUUUAACUGUAUGUCGAUGGAUAUACAGCAAUGUACUGUACAGUCUUUCUACCUCUGACAAUGUUUCAGCACAUACUGUAUGAUGAGGAGAAAACGGAAUAAGGAUUUCCUGAAAUUCUACUGUCCAGUUAAAUUGGCGAACACUGUUAAAAAAGUGACUGGUCCUUGACUGUUAAUAACCAGCUGUUGUUUUGAGCCCUGCACUAAGUGGCACUUUGAAAGUGCAUUACCGGUACCUCAAAUCCUGCAUUCAGUUAUAAUGCUAUACAUGUGACAAUAGUUUUAUGUCUGAGGCAGUUCACUUCUGAGAUAUUCUGAGAUAUGGACAAGUUUCUUACUCAACUUGAACUUUUACUUCGUCUUUUUACAAAUUACCUAUAUUAGUUAUCCUGAAAUCCACUUCUUGGUUGGUGACUCAUUGUAUAAUGCGCUUAUGAAUUAAUCAGUAUGUUCUCAAUUAUAGACCCAAAGUCAUUUUGUGGCAGCACUGAUCAGCCUAUCAUGGAUAGGCUCUACAAUUCCCUGUCCAACGAGAUGAAGAAAAAAAAUCCGUCACCAAGUGUAGUAAAUGCCUAUUUGAACCAACAAUUUGAUUCAAGACAGCAGCAGAUCAAGGAUAUGCCAGUGGAAGAGCGAUGCUCAAAAUUGUUAGAGCUAUAUCCUUGCUUCAGGAAUCCAGUAGAGGUAGGCAGUAGUUACAGUAGAAUACAUUUUUUUCUUACAAGAUUGACAGGCCCAAAGGUCAAUGUGAAAUACCAUGCUGCUGUUUGUAAUAACAUAGCAUCCGUACACUCUGAACGCUGAUUAGCUAACAGCAGUGCCGACAUAACUCAAUGUCAACACGGAAAUUUUCCGUCCUUAUUUCCCAACCUUAUUUCCCAAAGCUAUUUUAAUGUUGUAUUAAAAUGCGCAGAGAAAAAUGCUUUUCGUUGCUCGAUUUCUGCUCAUUUCCUUUUUCCCAGUUGAUCUUCCCAUAAACUUUGAAAAACAUUGUAAAUUGUUCAUAAUUUACUGAUCAUAGUAGCCAAAAAAGACACCCAAAGAGUGCCAAAAACUGUUUUUCAAAUGAAAAGUUACACUGCGUUCAUAUGAGGCAAAAAAUUUUCCAUGUACUGAGAUCUAGCUCUAUGACCGGCAUAACAUGUCACAGCCAUGGAAACUUUAUAUGAACAGAACAAAAUUAUUUGCUGCCUUGCUGGUCGAAAUCUUUUCUCGCUAACUGCCGGGAUAACUUUUCCCCACAUGAACAGGCCCUUAUCUGUCUUUGUAAAAAAAUUCGUUUUGCUUAUAGAUUAUUGAAGAAGUUCGGAGAAUAACUGGAAAAACAGAGAGGAAAGAUCCGUCCGCAUUCAUGAAUGAAUGCUUGACGAGAUUUGAUGAAGAGUUGGAAGUAUUGUUGUACUAUGGUUCUUCCAAUCAAAGAAUAGAACACUGUAACAAACCUGGCAAAGGCAAGUGCUAUUUUUUACUAAUCAAGAUGGCCGGCGGUCGGAGGUUUUCCGAUCAAAUUUCUGUUUUUCCGACCAAAUGCUGAAAUGAUCGGAAAUUUUGUCCGGACAAAUUUUGACUCGGGAGUCAACAACCUGGAAGAUAAAGAAUACGUUUCCUCAAAGUUUUGAGCAAAGGCCAGGCCCUUCAUCAGGCUGAUCAAAUAAGCUUACACAAGUUGUAUGAUUGACUCUCUUGACGAAGGUCCUGAGCUCAAAACGUCUAGGAAACGUAUUCUUGUACCAUCCCACACAUCGUGUAAUCCACCUUCUCAGUUUGAAGUUGUUUCAUAGUUACCAUUUUAAUUAAAUUAAUUUAUCAUUAACUGGCUCUAUAACUAAUAUGGAAUUCAGAAUAAAACACUAGUAGGGUGAUUUACUGUACACUUUACUCUGCAACGGAGGGGGUCAAACGAAACUAAAAAACUUCCGACGAAAUUUGAAAAUUUCUGGUCAAAUUUCAUUUUGCUCAGAAGUUUUGCCGGACAAAUUUUAAAAUUAUUUCAGGCUCUGACUAUCAUCUUUUUCAUUUGGCAUGAACUGUAACAACUUAUGGAUCAUGCAAUGCAUCUACAGAAAGUGGAUUAAGUGGUCCAAUUCAGUACCGGUUCACUUGAUGUAUUGCGGUACACUAAUUUUUUUUGUAUUUUUUUACAGUUGCCAAGGUGAUCCAUUUAAUGAAAAACUUGCAUUUGCUGUUUGGAAACACUAAUGUUAAGUCUGGAAAAUCCUCAAAAAAAGUUGCAGAAUUAAUUUUUCUGAUAAAGGUGAGCCUUUGUUCAUGAGUUGAUUGUUUUUGUCACCAAGCUGAAGCAUGCAAGACUUUUACAUUUAAGGAAAGUGUGAUGUCAUGCUUGCAUAACAUCCUUUUCAUUUACAAACACAAAAUGACAAUGGAUGGCAUAAAAUGGUAAUAUAAUUAUAGACAAUACUUUCGAGAAUAUUCUUCAACUGGCUCAACUUAAAAAACAGUUAAAAUAUAAGUUUGAGUGUCAGGCCUGGAUAAAGUAUUUUCCUUCCUGGAAGCAUAAACCCAAAAUACAAAUUUCCUGCCAUGCUACUUCAGAAUUUCCUGUGAGACUUUUUUAUUUAUAGUUAAGACUACAGAAGAGAAAAACAAGCACUUAAUCGCGAACAUCGAAUCAACAAAAAUUUCCUUAACGAUAUAAAAAGGUUUCCUGCAAGUAAUUUUUGUGAAAAAUUUCCUGGCAGCGGAGCUGCCGGACAUUUUCCAGCCCUGUUGAGUGUCGUCAAGUGAUAAGGCUGGUCUGUUAUUACAUGCCUUUCUUCCACAAACAAUGAUGGCAGAGUUUGGUUCAAUAAGAAAUGAACAACUCAUAUGAUUUUACUUUCUUUAGGAUCAUGAAAAUCCAGAGGUUGUGUGCAGUUCAAGUCGACGACCGAACAUGAAAGGUGUGCCAUUGCUCUGUAUAGACAAGACGUAUGCAUAUCUGAUGUGCUCAGGUAAUCUCGUUUGUAAAGUUGAACUGCAGAAAGUCAUGGAAGCAGCCCUUGCCUUGAUUGGGCUUUUUUAUCUACUGGAUGUAGACUAUCCUAAGGCACAUGAACUGGGAUUGACCAUGCUGCAGAACGUGGUGUUUCAAGAUCUAAGCACGCCAGAUGACUUGUUCAACACGUUUCAGUCUGCAAAAAAAGCUUACCUAGACUUUCAACAGAAUUCAUCAGGAUUAUAAGUUUGAGCAAGUACCCAUCAGUGUGAACACAUAAAGACAAUGUCUAGUUUCAAAUAUAGAAUUCAUUGCCAACUAUACAGGUAUGACUAUUAUACUUGGACAGUUGGACUA